CUAAGCAACCAGAAACUGUCGUUGGGGGCCCCAACGUUGAAACCCACGAACCACUAAUACUAAUUUCGAAACGCGGCUCAAAACAACUUUUCAAUCGUUGGCCUCAAUUCUUAAAACCCAACUCGAUUUGAAUUCAAUCAUGGCCUUACCCGGUCUUCGAGGUUACGGCCGGGAUGAAACUUUUGGUGGUCGCAAUUCUGGAGUGGCUGCUAGACGAGGUCAAACCAGCAACGGAUCUUAUGGUCCAUUAACUGGCAAUCCUACCCCAGCCUCCGGGUUCAAACCCAGGUCAGCUGGGGGUCUAAUUGGCAACUCAGAUCCUGCUUUGGGACGGCGAUUGGAUGCCGUGGAACAACGGGUGAGCAACCAAGACUCGGCCAAUCGAUCCCUUUUGGAACAGAUGAUGAAGCUUCAACAGGAUAUGAGGAUGGAAUUGAAAAAAUGUGACCAAUCUCUGAUGGAGGAAAGAAACCAACGAAUGAGGCUAACGACCACAUUGCAAACGUCCACCUCGAAAAUUGCCGAAUUGGAAGACCGUCUCAGGAGAACCGAGACACAUGCCAAAGACAACAAAGCAGCUUUGGUCACGAUGAUUUCCCACGUCAAGAACGUGGAGCGAGCCGUCACACUGGGCCAACAGGACAUCAUGGCCAAGAAAGAGGUCCAGGGUCAAAAGAUUCAGGAGAUCCAACAAAAGGUGACAACACUGACGUCGUCCAAUGGCAAUUUGGAACGUUUGUGCCACAAUGUUCGCGAGGAUUUGAGCGAUGUAAAUGGAAAAGUGGACACGAUGUCUCUCGAACUCAAAGAUGUGAAAGGAGCGUUGACUCUCCAAGACAAAAUGUUCAAUACGCAAGUCAGUAAAUUGAAACAAUUGGACGAGGACAAAGGUACAGGCUCCAAAAUGUCUGAGACGCAAAAGGCCGCACUAGAGUCCAAGAUUCUUCAGCUCAAAGACGCCAUCAUGGAAUGCCAAUCCAAGUUAAAUCACGAAUGCCAAGAUCGAGAAAUGGAUAUGAACACCAUUAAUGGCAGAUUGGAUGAAUUGACAGCCUCCGUUCAGGAGACCAGAAAGCGCAGAGAAAAGGACCUCAAGGAACUGGAGGGGACCACUCGAGAAUUGGCCAAGAUGAGCGAGUCCGAGAAGCAGAACAUCGUGGUCAAGAUCUCGGCCGUUCAAACUGAGCUCAAGCAAUCAUUGGAGUCCAGGGACAAGAAGAUUCGCGAAUCGGUUCUCAGUCGCUUAGAUGAACAAGAGCAACACUUGAAGCAAGAGAUCAAGGACAGAACCGAGAGCGAGAAGGACAUCAAGGCUCAAAUCGACGCCCAAAAGGACACAGUGAUGACCUAUAUGGAUGAGAACACGGAUAAGAUCUACAAAAUGUCCACGGCUGAUUUGGAGGUGCUUCGCAACCGCCUCUACCAAACGAAUGAAACAUGCAAUGUUUUUGAGCAAGAACUAGGCCAACUUCGAUCCGACCUCAAUGAGGCCUUGGAGCAAAAGGGAGCCAACCAUGAGGGAGAUAUCAAGGUCCUGGAUGCCAAGGUGGAUGCCCUAAAUGACCGGUUUAAGUUGGGCAUGAACAAGCUGCAAGCAGCCGUGGGCGAAAACCGCAUGGUGAACAAUGGCCAUGGCAAUUCUGGUUCCAAUGAGGAGGAUGAAGGGGUUUACACUGAGCUUUUGGAGGACUUCAGAGAAAAGAAUGCUGUUGAGUUGAACAACAUGGAUGACAAGAUUGAUUCCAUUAUGCGCGAUCUACGAGCCAUCAAUGAAGUGGUCGAAGGCAAAUUGAAGCAGCAUCAACAAGCAGGCGAAGAUGCCUCUAUCAUUUUGGGUGACAAGCUUCAACAGAAGAUGGACUCCGUCACAUUUGCUCAAGAGCGCAUGAAGCGCCAAUUAGACGACUUACGAGACAAAGUGCAAUGUGCUCCAACGGAUAUCGCUGACAUUCGAGAGCGAUUGGAGGACUGCGAGCAAGAAAUAGCCUCGUUGAGUGGAUCCAAUAAGCAAGAAUCUGAGGGCGGAUCUGAGGAUCUUGUGGCUAUGAAAAAAGACGUGGAUUUUAUUAUGGGUCGUGGAGGCGAGGUUGAUGAGGUCACAUCAGGAGUUCCAAGUCUGGUAAAACUUCAAGGUGACAUUGACGAAAUCCAAAGCAAGACAAAAUCGCUAUCAGAGAGUUUGGAAAAGUGCAAAGAGGAAUUAAGCGAGAAAGUGGAGGACGAGAAGAAAGAGCGUCAAACAGCGAUUGAUGAUAUGAGGAAAGAACUUGGCCGACAGGAGAAAAAGGCCAGUAACCUAAAGGAAAAGCUCAAGAAACUGAAAGGGGAUGUCGUGGGCGACGAUGCCGAUGAUGACGAAGAUAAGGACGAAGAAGAAGGCAACGAGUGAUUCAGCUCUAAGUGAUCACAAUCAUAAUCAUAAUAAUAAUCUAUUUUAAUUCUGUGUAACAUUUCAGUAAAGUUGGCAUUGAAAUAGUAAUAUUCUUUGAUUGCGGAACAACAAACUAAUAAAAUAUCAAAUGAUAA